AUGGCUCCUGCUUAUAAGGUCAGCUUUGUGCCCUUACUAGUGUUUGUGUUCCUGAUUAUCAAUAUCCACCCAUCAAAGGCUCAAAACACACAACAACUGAUUGAGAAGAUAUGCAGAUCCAUGGAGGUGUAUGGUUUUUGCAAACAAACUUUCGACGAGAACCUGAAGUCCCCAAAUGCCGAUAUUGUUGCCAUAACCCAAAUAACCGUAGAGCGAGCUACAGAUAACGCAACCAAAACCCAUGAUUUCAUCAGGCAAACUCUUGAAAGUACAACUGACCCUGCAGUGAAGAGUGCUCUUACCGUCUGCGAGAAUGUUUAUGCUCUCCUCAUGCAGUCAUUUGACUCGGCGGCUGUCUCAUUUUUCCAGAAGGACUACACCAGUGUGGAGAAAAAUGAGCGGGGUACAGCGAAAGCAGAAGCCAGCUGCGAGCGGAUACUCCAUACUCCGCCGAAUGAUCUAACACUUCUGGACGACAGAAACAGGCAGAUGCGGAUUCUCAUUGCCAUGGCUGUAACUUCAGUGACAGAACUCCUUGGUACCAAGGCUUAG